UUGCCGACAUCAGAGCUAAAGGCGGCUAGUCCGAAAGAAGACUAUCCCCUAAUUAUUAAAACCUCUACCUGUCGGACCCGGGCGGCUUCAUGCUCUGUUUCAGCGGGGACGUUUGAGUCUGUCGGCGUGUGUGCUGCGCCAGGUGUCGGCCACAGAGUGAGGGGAAAAUGCCUUCUUUUUCAUGGAGGAUUUGGCCUGCACUGGUGUUGCUUCUCUUCCCUUCCUCUGUUGCCGCAGAAGAAGAGUCAUCACUACUGGAAGGCUGGCGCGAUGUCUGGCUCUUUCGAUUCCUCAUCAACAUACUGGGAUACUCCUCCAUCAUUAUCCCUGGCUACCUCCUCAUUAGCUACUUCAAGCGCCAUAAUUACCUAGAAACAGGUAGUGGGAUUUGCUUCCCUCUGAUCAAGACGUGUGUGUUUGGCAGUGAGGCCAAGGCGGGUCUUUUGGAUGACACGUCAGUUGCACCCAGGAACGAGGGUGAUUCAGGUUCAUCGAUCAGACAGGUUGUCAAGUUGAUCUUUUGUGCGGCUGGACUUCAGGUAUCAUACCUGACAUGGGGCGUCCUACAGGAGAGGGUGAUGACACGUUCCUAUGGAGCAACAACUCCAGAAGAAGCGGGCGAGAAAUUCAAGGACUCGCAGUUCUUGGUCUUCAUGAACCGCAUCCUGGCUCUGACCGUGUCAGGCUUGUGGUGCAUCAUGUUCAAACAACCUCGCCACGGAGCACCCAUGUAUAAGUACUCCUUUGCCUCACUCUCCAACAUCCUGAGUAGCUGGUGCCAGUACGAGGCCCUCAAGUACAUCAGCUUCCCUACUCAAGUCUUGGCCAAGGCCUCCAAGGUCAUUCCUGUCAUGCUAAUGGGCAAGAUAAUCUCCCGUAAAAGCUAUGAGUACUGGGAGUACUUGACGGCCGUGCUCAUCUCAGUGGGCGUCAGCAUGUUCCUGCUGUCCAGCACAACCAGCAAGCACCCAUCCAAUGUCACCACCUUCAGCGGGAUCAUCAUCCUUGGCGGCUACAUCGUUUUCGACAGCUUCACCUCCAACUGGCAGGACAACCUGUUCAAGUACAAGAUGUCAUCAGUGCAGAUGAUGUUCGGUGUCAACUUGUUCUCUUGCCUCUUCACCAUCGGCUCGCUGCUGGAGCAGGGUGCCUUCUUUGACUCGGUGGCCUUCAUGACACGUCACUCCGAGUUCGCCUUCCAUGCCGUUUUGCUCUCCGUGUGCUCGGCAUGUGGCCAGCUCUUCAUCUUCUAUACCAUCAACCAGUUUGGUGCUGCCAUCUUUACCAUCAUAAUGACCUUGCGACAGGCCAUCGCCAUUCUCCUCUCUUGUUUCCUUUACGGUCACGCCAUCACCUUAGUGGGUGGCUUCGGCAUUGGCACAGUUUUCCUGGCGCUCUUUCUACGGGUGUAUGCUCGUAACCGCAUGAAGAAGUCAGGCCGUCGGUCAACACAGCCGCUUGCACAGGUGUAGCACUACAAAGACGCACCAAACUGGGAACUGAGACCACAUUUUCUGUGGUGCUUUAUCUGUCUAUUUGUGUGUAUCUAUUUUUUUGUUGUUUUGUUUAUCUUUAGCAUUCUUUUCCAUUGUCUUUUUUUGUUGUUUUUUUGUUAGCAAUGGUACAGAAAGGGAUUCUGCAGUUUUGACACUUACACCAAGUUGCCCCCAAGGGGUCCAUGUGAUUUGUCAGGUCAGCAGUCACAGAAGUUUUUGAGUGCCUGUAAGAUUGUCUAUUACACAAGUCCCAAUCUACAAGCUGCCACUUAACAGUCUGACAGGUGGUUUCUUUUUUAUAAAUCACCUUUUGUGGCUUGUGCAGCUAAAAAAAAAGUUACUGUGACACUGAAAAAUACUGCUUGUCUGAGCUGUACGGUUACGCAUUAAUCUUCAAGCUUUUAUGAUAUUGCCCAUACUUGACUUUAACCCAUAUAUUUGAACAAGCCGGUCACCUUUCAUAUCAACAAUUGUUCUAUCCAGUGGGUUGUCUCAGAUGCCUAUCUCACACUCCUCCAUGUUGGAGAGAAUGGGCCUUUAUGUGUCUUAAUGUGGGAUUUUAUCAUGCAAAGCUGUAAACAUAGCUUGUACAUGUGGUGCAUACAUUACUGUUUAAAUUAAGGUAUAUUAACAUGUUACAGAAGAUAUCAUUUACAUUAGUAGGUGGUAUGCAGUUUGUGGAAUAAAGAACACACAACUUUAAAACUAUAAUUUUGACCCAACAUCACCACACCAGAUGCUGCUGUGGGGUUUUUUUUGGCACCACAUUAUUUUAAGAUACAUUUUUUGUUGUCACAACACAGAUUUUACUUAAUGUUUUUAAAAUCAGGCUAAAGAUCAUGUAAAUAUAUCUCUUAAGUCAUUGUUUAUUUCCAACCAACUUGUUUGUUGUGUACUUUUGUAAAAAGACUGCUCCGUGUAUUUCACUGUUCCAUGUGAAUGUUUGGCAAAAUACUGAAUGGAUGAUGUUGGUAAUGCUCAUUGCUGUUACAAAGGAUGUGGAGAUGGACCCAGGGGGGAGUUUGCAGAACAAAAUACAAGGGAAAUGCAAUGUAACUGGUACCUUGUUUUUAUCAUUCUAUUUCUCUGGUUACUGAAUUAAUAAUAAAACCCAUUAAAUUAAC